AUGGCGGAGGCGACGACUCUAAGGAAAAAACACGAAGAUCAGGGCUACAUCCUCCAAAAAGAAUCAGCACUCUCCAAAGCGAUAGUCGCGGAACUGCGACAAAGAAGAGGACACACGGCUUUCCAAUGGGUAAAAGGACACCAGGGACAUGACCUGAACGAACUCGCAGACGAGCUGGCAGGAAAAGCGGCUGAAAAGAGCAGAGGGAAUCGUGUUAGUACCAAAGUCCCGGACAGGCUCGUUGUCACAGGCGCACGCCUGGACGCAAUGACCCAAGCUCUAGCAUAUAAAGCCAUCCGGCAGAGGAGAGACGCCGCCACCGACCCGCGGCCUCGGACCGUAAAGACAGUGAAGUACGUACUGAGCGACCUAAAAACCGAUUUUGGAGCCGACCUCCACGAGCGAACCUUGUGGACCUCCCUCAGGAAGAAGGACCUAAUAACAAAGGAAGCACGUCAGUGGAUGUGGAUGGUCCUACAUGAUGCCUACUGGAUCGGAAACAAGUGGCUAGAGGCCUCUAUGCCAGCUGACCUCCAGGACAGAGCCUUCUGCACGCACUGCAACUCUCUCGAAGACAUGACCCAUAUCCUUUUUGCCUGCGAGGAACCGGGGCGAGAAAUAGUAUGGGACCUACUCACCGAGCACUGGCAAAACGCAGGAGGACCGUUGAUCGCCCCGACCUGGGGCUCCGUUCUAGGCGCAGCAUGUGUACCGAUAGUUGACGAUGAAGGGGCAAGAAAAACGACACUCGAACGUCGUUGGACAAUCCUAGCCACAGAAUCAGCACACCUCAUCUGGAAGCUCCGCUGUGAACGAGUCAUAGGCAGAGAAAACGAACCUUUCAGCGAGAUCGAAGUACGAAACAGAUGGUACGCAACCUUGGAUCGCCGUCUCGACCUGGAAAGAAGAUACGCAGCGCUUACGGAGGGACGAAAGCGCGCAAAGCGCCUGCACGCGGUGGAAGCCAUUUGGGCGCCACUAAUCCAAGACGACGAAGACCUCCCGCCCAAUUGGGUUGAAAAAUGCGGGGUUUUAGUGGGUAUUUGUAGAACGCCUUACGACAGACUAGGGCAAGGUUAA